CCUGGGGCUGUGCUCACCGUCACCACCACUGCCGGGGUCUACCGAGCCCCCCGGCUCAUCAUCACAGCCGGAGCUUGGACAGGUGCCCUCGUGGCACCCUUGGGUCUCCGCCUGCCGCUGCAGCCCCUGCGCAUCGACGUCUGCUACUGGAGAGAGAAGGAGCCAGGGAGCCCCGGAACAGGCAGAGCCGGACCCUGCUUCAUGGCCAUGGGGCUGAGCCGAGCCCCCCACGGCAUCUAUGGGCUGCCUGCCCUCGAGUACCCAGGGCUGGUCAAGGUCUGCUACCACCAUGGCAGCCCCACUGACCCGGAGGAGCGGGACCGGGUCCCCCCAGGUUCCCCCCGUCCCAACAUUGCCCUCCUGAGCAGUUUCAUCAGCAGCUACCUGCCCGGGCUGGAGCCCCAGCCAGCCGUGGUGGAGACCUGCCUCUACACGAACACCCCGGAUGAAGACUUCAUCCUGGACCGGCACCCCAAGUUCAGCAACAUCAUCAUUGGGGCCGGCUUCUCAGGCCAUGGGUUCAAGCUGGCACCAGUGGUGGGGAAGCUGCUGUGCGAGCUGAGCCUGGGUGAGGAGCCGUCCCACAGCACGGCCCCCUUCGCCAUCACCCGCUUCCCUGGCGUGCUCCAGGCUGCACUGUAG